CAUAGUGCGUAGGGUCAGGUUAUUUCACACUGUAGGUAGUGGAUGCAAACAGGGAGUGAGUGUGUAUUUAGGAUACGGCCCGGUGAUAGCACGUUUAAGCUGUAGAGUAGACAAGUUAUGCGACAAUGAUUUCUCACGUUUUAGAUGAAACUAAGAUGGAAACGCUUUUCACUUCGUUUGUUUUAGAAUCUGAUUUACGGCAAGAUGUCAAAGAGAAGCUAGAAAUAUUUUUGGAAAGGCUCACAGAGUGUGCAAGUAGCACAACAAAACGGUUUAAAGAGCGCUCCCUUGAGGAGGCAUUGCAGAUGCUGAGGAAAAUCGCACCGCCCCUGCUGCGGUCGCUGAGGUCCGAAAAUCACAGGUGUCUCAUUCAGCUCCUACUGUCAUCACAGCUGGAUGCGGUGAACACAUCCUCAUCAGCCUGCCGCAAAGUAGACCAGAUGUUGCAACACCUAGCUCAGACCAACAAGUCUUUAGUAUUUGAAGAGGUCCAACAAUGUCUUCACAGUCUACUCCACCAGGAGCAGGUGUUGUCAUUAAAGGACCUUCAAAUAGUGUGUAUGUUCCUGGAGGAGAGCACGAUGGGCCGAGAAGGUCUAAGACUAAUGUUUUCAUCUCUGCUGUGUAAAAUCACCAUUAUGUUACCUGACAUUAUGAAAGAAGAAGCAAGAGACGGUGCUCUGUGUUAUCAGGCGGUCAAGGUGUGUCUGCAAGUGUUCCAGCUGCUUCCCGAGCAAGUGGUGCCUCUGGUCUUUUCGGAUCAGAAAGACAACCUUCAUAUGAGGGAGAUUCUGGGAUUCCUUAUGAAUAUUAUCUUAGGAGAGGUCUGUAAUAGGGACACACGGUUGUUAGCAGGCACCGCUGUGGCCAUGCUGAUCUCUGUAGCACCUGACACUAAGAGCGGAACUACAUCAGCCUCCAGUUUACUCCAGGUGACCUGCACAGAGCAGUGUAGGUUAACAGUAGGCCAGUUACAGGUAGACUGUUUUCCCAGAGCAUAUGAUGGAGUUGACAGACUCAGUGUAUCCAGAGGACUCCUGACCUGCUUGAGGAAGGACAUCCUCGUUGAACAAAGUACAGGCCAACAGACCUGCCUCCUCCUAGACGGGCUAUUUCCUCUUGUCUCAGAUUUGCUCAGAGAGAAACGGGACUGUCACUACUAUGUGUUUCAAGUGUUUAUCUUGUGGCUGAAAAGUGUGAAAGAAAGCCUGCUCGAGAUCAGGGAGCUCUCCGGUGGUCUUUUUCUUGGAGAACAUUCAACCCUAAGAGUCAAACUAACACAAAUCAUUUGGGACAAUGCAGAGAGCCCGAUUGAGGGUGUGUCUGAAUCAGUACGCACUGCAUUCAGUUUGUUUCUGGAGAUUUACGAGCUGGACUGUCGGCUUUCUGGAGAAGCUGAGAAACGGCUUUAUGUGAACUUACUGCACAGGGUUGCGGAGCUGCCGUGGGAUUCCAGGGCCAAGUACUCGCCUCUCAGAGCCCUCUUGCCGUACAUGGGUACAGACAAGGUCCUGGAACAGUAUCCUGCUCUUCCUUCUCAUAUCUAUAAGUGCCUUUCCACCAAUCACCUUGCACCUUGUGCCUCUGAGAUCUACAAGUUGCUGCUUCGGGAGCAAAGACGGGAACUUAACGCUAAUGCGGUGAAGGAAGCUCCACCCACUGAGCUACACCUGGCCUCUCACUGGGUCCAGCGAUGGCAAGCAACAAUCCUGAUAGCUCUGACCUCUGAUGUCACUCUUAUUCAGAGAAACGCCUCUAGCUACCUCCUGCCCUGCACCCUAUGCAGUUUCCCAGGAGCGUUUGACACAAUGCUAGCUGCUCUAGACCCUGUUGCCCCGGGGCACCUACAAGCAUGGGUUUGUAUCAUGAGCGCCCAACGAACAGUCAGCGGGUGUCUAUCUUGGAAUUCAGAGAGCAACUUGGAAACCCUCCAGCUAGCCUUGUCGUCUCUGGAUGCUAGCGUGCGCAUAGCGGCAUUCAGUCUUAUCUGCUGCAGCCCCAAGACUAAAGAGCCUCCAUCAGCCGUAGAAUAUGGAGCAGUGAGAGAUUUUCUUCCUUUGAAUCUGAACAGUGAGUCGUCUCAGUUUCGUCAGCACCUCCAGGCUGCGGUCAGGAAAUUCCUUGUGCGUAUUCGGGACAGUUGUAUGGCAAGCCUCAAAGGUCAAAAAAGUAAAAGAGGUCUGAGAAAGGAAGAAGAGAAGGAGCUUGAACAAGGCGUUGAUUUUAUUGACUGGCUGGCACAGUUGCCUUUGGCCUCCCUGGCUCCUGGAAACAGCUUCCAGAGGAAGAAGACAGCUCUUCUGCUGCUAGCUGCAAUUCUGGAAACCUGCUCAGACUCCUGGAGUCCAGACAGGAAGAAGGGUCAACCACCAGCAAACAUGUCUGAGCUGAUCAACUGCGCAAGAGAAAGAAGAAAGUGGGAUUUUUACUGUCGGUCGAGACAGCUGGUCCUGAUUGGCUGUUUGGAGGAUGCGACCAAUGAGAUCCGUGAGCAUGCGGCUGAGCUGCUGGUGAGAUUUUUCCCGCCGUGUCUCGAGUCCGAUGUCUCCAUCGCGCUGUUUAGCCGAGCACAGAGACGUCUGCACAGCCCACGUGUUCAGGAGGCCCAGAUGGGGGCUCUGAUGUUCAAACUUCUGCUACAGAAGCGUAUGUCUCUGGAUGGUGUGGUGCCAGAGGCUCUGAAGCACGAUGACAUGCAGUCAGUCAGGCUGAUCAGACACCUUCUGCAGAGUCUGGAGAAGCAGCACCUGACCACCAAACAGGACAUGUUACUCGCCGCUCGCUGCUCACCUCUACAUGGUGCAGUCAGUGCUGUUCACAAGUGUAUCCUGGAUGUGCCUGGGGUUUUGGCUGAAGCUUUAGAUGGUAGUAUGAUAGCAGAAAUGCUCUCGCUGCUGGAAAAUAUCACACUGCUGCUGCUCGGUGUGUUAUACGGAGAUCAGAACAUGGAGGACAAAGAAGUCCCGCCUUCAUUCUGCGAUAUGGGAAACGCCAUCAGCUCUCUGAUCGGGCGUAGUGGAGCGGAAGUGGAUGAUGACGGAGAAGAGAACGUGCUGCUAUCAGAAGAGCACAGUCUGGUGCUGACCUGCUGCUGGGUUACACUAAAGGAGAUAGGGAUUUUUCUCGGCUCGCUGGUUGAGAGGAUUCAAUCACUCCCUCAUAAGGACAAAACACUGCUAACUGUAGAAGAUCUACAGAAGGCUUCGAACGUGUUUAAGGACAUUAUCCUUAAAUGUCGGCACUGGGGGGCAGUGGAAGGCUGCUGCAUUGGAUUCACUAAAUUCUGCACUGCACUUCUUACCAGCUCUGACCCAAAGCUCAGAGAAAUCCCAAACCACAUUCUACAGCAGGGUCUGUGUGUCCUUCAGACUCCCCGGGGCACGUCGGUGACUAGACGGGCAGCGGGUCUGCCGAUGCUUAUUCUCGGUGUGUUAGCAGCAGAGGAGAGCAGCACCUCUCACCCACUGCUGGCCCAAACCAUCAGCACACUGCUGGAGAUAGCUGGAGCUCCACUGCCCCAGAACUGGGACCAGACCCUUGAUCUGCCCCAGGUUUGUGCAGUUCACACAAUUCAGGCACUUGUGAAAGGCUCCAGUCUGGGGUUGACCAUUCUUCAGUAUGCUCCUGAGAUCACCAUGCUGUCACUCACACUCCUCAGCUCUCCUUGUUGGGCCAUGAGGAACGCUGCACUACAGCUUUACAGUUCUCUCUGCUCCAGGAUGUUGGGUCAGAGGCCUGCUGGUGAAGAUGUCUCUGCCCAAUAUGGCAUGUCCUCCCCUGCCUUUUUUAAGCAUUAUCCUGCAUUAAAGCCCUUCCUCCAGGAGGCUUUAGAAAGAGCAGCCACAGACCUUCAUGAAGGCAGACUGAGCCUUCACCCCUCUCUCUACCCAGUCCUGACCCUGCUGGCCAAACUACAGCCUGGAGCUCAGGAGCAAACGCAAGCUCUGUCAGACUUCCUGCCUCCGCUGCUCCAGCUAGCUGCUAGCCCGGUAUAUGGGGUGAGAGCGAUGUCGGCCCAAGCCCUGGUCGCUAUGAUACCACCUACAGAGUGUGUGGAAAGUGUACUGAGAGUGGUGGAGGAGCUGCCAGAGAAGUCGAGUAGCCCAAGCUGUCACAACCGCAUGCAUGGCCAACUCCUACAGAUUAAGGCCAUCCUGAACAGAGUCCUUCAUGCUGACAACCCUCGCCCAUCCUCUCUAUGUGGCGUGGUGGAGGCCAUGGAGGUCCGAAUUUGGCUGGCAUCCCAUGAGCAGAGGUGCCCUUUGGUACGCCAGGCGUAUGUGACAGUACUGGGCCUGCUGAGAGAGAACUGCUCGAAGGCUUUCCUCAUGAACAUCGGCUCUCUUCUUAUGGAGGAACUUCAUAGGACUCCACGCACUUUAGAACUUGGUUCCGCCUCCUUCCACCAAAUUGCUGUGCAUUACCUGUGUGACGACCCUGACUGGGUGUGGAAGGUUUGGCCUGUCCUAGUCAGUGGGAGUGCGGUUACUCGUCUCGCUUUGGUCAUGUGGGUAAAAGAAAGGCGUAGCUGGAGAGGGAGCUGCCUACAGCACGAGCUGGUGAAGCUUCUCCAGGCCAGUCUGACACAGGCGCUCAUGGAUCAAGAUAUUGAGUACAAGGUAGCAUACUUCUCAGCGUUGGUGGAAGUCAUGACCCCAGACGUGUUGAGCGUAACAACGUCUCAGCCUCUCGUAUUCAAGCUUGAAGAAAAAGUGCUGCAUCAGUGUGUGCAACUCCUCUUGGAGGAUUUAGAAGGAAGCCGAGGAGGACCAGAGCUCCUCUCUCAGACCUUGUGUGUUCUGUCUCUGCUACUUUCUCCAAGCACAGACAUGGCUAUACUGCAACGUUGGUGUGUGUUAUUAGAAAUACACAGAUGUGCUGAAGCUCCAGAAGCUCUGCGAUUAGCCUGUGCUCAGUCUCUGUACCUGACCGGAGCUGCUGUAGUGACCAGCAGCCUGAUGAGCAGUAAUGCUCUGAAAGCCCUCAGCACCAGGCUGAUUAGUAUAGGUGUGCACUUACUGCAGGAUCAGAAUCAGCAAGUCAGAACCCAGACCGCUAUCUUUGCUUCUGUUAUCUGCAAGUCUCAUCCAGUCUCCAGCAACCAAUCACUGCAUAUUCUGCUGGACCUGCUGCUGAAGGAAUUCUGGGAUAGCGAGGGCACUUUGGAGGCUUUGGUGUGUCACUUGCCAAAUUGGGAUCUCAAAAGUGUACUUCAGGAGGCAAAGCUCACACGAAGCAGCAGUCUGUACGAGCAGGACAAUGCAAACAUGUAUUUGGAGCCUUCUGUGAUUUCUGAGACCGUGCUGCCAUAUUUGCUUUGCCUGGCAAAACGAUACCCAGAAUCCUCUGUUCUCGACAAGCUCCUGGAUCAGUGGGCACAAGAAAAUACAGACUCUGUCUAUGAGAACCUCAGGAUCUGUUCCAAGCUUCAUUUAGGUGACUCUCUGGAUCCUGAAUGGCUGAGUGUUCUGAUGGAGCCACGUUUCCAUAGCACCCUUUGUGGGCUGUAUACCAAGGCUGCCUUUCUGCUGCACUUACAAAGCUUUUCCAACAAAACCCUACCCCUGAGUGACCCUUCAGUCUUAGUGAAGGACCUGCUGGAUUUACACACAUUUCUUAGCCUGCAUGGAGUUUAUAUCCCAGUGUGUUUUAUUGAUGCAGUCAGAACAGAAUGAGUAUAAACUGACGCAAGGGGUUUUUGGGAUUGUUGUAUUUGAGGCGUACGUUGAGGUUUUAUGGUGAUUUAUGACGUUACACCAUUAGCUACCUCUAUUCCAUAUAAAGUAGAUGAACAGCAUUCAUCGAUAUUCAUGAUUGAAUGUUGUUGUGGUUCUUAAUGUCAGGAAACAUUGCUCCGCUUCCUUCAGAUGGAGUUGUGUGCGAAGGCCACAAUUAAUUUAAUUUAAUAGUCAUGAUUUUACAUUUUAAAACAUCCAGUUAAACUACAUUGUAGUGUGUAUAUAUUUGUGUGUUUGUAAUACACACUGUGAGAAAGCACCAGAGACUGAAAAAUUACAAAUAGCUUAAAGGGUCAGUGUGUAAUGUUUUAUACAUAUAAUGGUGUAUAUAUAUAUAAUUAGAGAGAUCUUAAGACUGUGAUCUGAAUGAGGCUAGUUUCUUUGUUUCAGACCCAGAAGUGAGCUCCAUCCCCCAGCUGAUUCAGAGCGUCUCAGCAUUGCCCAGUUUCACAAAAAGUCAGCUCAUGCUCAAGUAACGUUAUCAUUGAAUUUGCACUUCUCCUAACAGACAGCUAUGGCGUCUACAAUAUCAAAAUCAUUAAAGGAGCAUUUUGUACAAUCACAUGCAUAAACACCAUGUAGUCUGACCAGAACAGGAACAUUUUUUAUACACAAUUUAUAACAUGAUUCUAUCUGAUUUUAUUUUUAUUGUGAAAUAAUUUGUUGAUUAAAAUUUUGAUUUUUUUUUUUACUUGUAUAUUAAAAACUGCUGAUUUGCACAUUUGUCCCAUCUUGGACUGUAAAACUGGAAUGGAGUUUACUUACAUGAUACAAUGAGUGUAUAAAACAAUGAGAGGUAAAUCACA